AUAGUGUGUAAAGGGGACAGUACUCUCAAUGCAUUGUCGCCUGCUAUCGCUUGCUUCCAUCGAAGAUAGUAAAUACAAGUAUUCGGUAUCUUUGCUUCGAUGUAAGUCGCUAGCUGCCAUAUCAGGUUCAGUCAUCAUUUUCCACCAUGGAAGCAGACGUUGGAAAUUCAGAGAAGGAAAAAAAUGAACAUUCAGAAACUGCAUUGGGCAGGAGGAAAAAAUGGAACCACCGAAGAAAUCUGAUCGCAUUUUGGUUCCUUGGAUUGUGUAACAACUUUGCCUACGUUGUCAUGUUGAGUGCUGCUCAUGACAUUUUGAAAGAGGAAGAAAAUACUAGUGGAACAAAUGAGACAUCCAAUGCCACAACAGUGUCUCCCACAUUUACUACAUCAGCUAAUGAGGAUGAGUUUCUUACAUGCAAUACUAUUGGAACUGGCGCUAUUCUUUUGGCUGAUAUACUACCUACACUGAUUAUAAAAUUAACUGCACCAUUUUACAUUCAGCGUUUGCCUUACUGGUUUAAAACCCUGUUGGUUGUUGUGUUUGCUAUUGGGAGUUUUGUCACAGUUGGUUUGGCACACCAGGUGUGGCUCAGCAUAUUAGGCGUGGUGUUUGCAAGUUGCAGUGCUGGGUUAGGCGAGGUAACAUUCUUGUCCUUAUCUACUUUCUAUGACAGGAAUGUUGUGUCAACAUGGUCCUCGGGCACAGGUGGCGCUGGAGUGGGUGGUGCCCUUGCCUAUGCAGGACUGACAUCAGCUGGACUAUCUGCUCGCAACACUGUUUUUGUCCUGAUAUCUGUCCCCAUUUUGAUGAGCAUCAGCUACUUCAUAAUUCUGACCAAGCCAGAGAACCAGCUCCACCAGCUGAACAAUUUCUGUUCAACGAGCUCAUUGGUGCCCAAAGAUGAUGGUGUGCCCCUUUUGUCUGAGUCAGAAUCAAAAAGCACUCAACUUUCUUUGGCAGAAAAAUUGAGACUCUUGCCACCAUUGUUGAAGUAUAUGAUUCCUCUCACCGUGGUGUACUUUGCUGAGUAUUUUAUUAAUCAAGGCUUGCACGAGCUCUUGUACUUCAACAGUAUAUUUCUGUCUAAAGCGGAACAGUACAGAUGGUAUCAAGUUGACUACCAAGUGGGUGUGUUUAUUUCACGAUCUUCUGUAAACAUCAUCCAAAUCAAGCACUUGUGGAUCCUUCCAAUCUUGCAGCUUGUGAACAUGGCUCUUCUCCUUUCACAAGUAUUCUACCGCUUCAUUCCAAACGUGUGGGUCAUCUUUGCCAUUGUGUUGUGGGAAGGGCUUCUGGGAGGUGGAGCUUAUGUCAACACUUUUUAUAAGAUGAGCAAAGAGGUACCUGCACAGCAUCGUGAAUUCAGUCUGGGUGCCGCGACACUUGGUGACUCUGUAGGGAUAGCUCUGGCUGGUGCUGCAGCUAUUCCAUCACACGAUCAUAUUUGCACUCUUCGAAUCAAGAUGUAAUUUUGUUGAUUGCUGGUGCGUGCUGGAGAUUUGAGUGUGUGAAAUUAUUUGAAAUGUGAUACAGCUGACAUGAAACCCUCUUCUUAUUAAAUGCUUUUUUUCCGUCUUAUGGGAUGAUAUUUUAAAGCAUGUGAUAUUUUAAAGCGUAUGUUUGUGCUUGGAAGAUGCUUCUUGAGACAAGGAACGGAAGGAUGAACAACAGUACUGAUGACUAAUAAAAGAAAAAUAUCGAAAAUACAAAAAUGAAUCAGAUAACAAGAACUAAGAAUGUCGUGAUUUAGCAGAGGAAGACGAGUAGUGAAUGAGCAAUAAAUGGAAAAGGUGAGGGUUGGGGAUUGAAAAAGGACUGGCAUUCUGUGGACUGUUGUUAGGAGUAAUGCUCAAGGAAGAGGUGUCUUCAGUGCACAUUUAAAUAAUUCAAUGGUGGAUAGGUGGCAGAUCCUUCAGAUGGAAACAAAACUUUUCUGGCGUUAGCACAAGUUCGUGGUUGAUGCUUUCAAUAAGUAGGAAACCCAAGCAUAGGUAUAAGUUUGUUACCAUUCAGUCCUUGACAUCGCUAAUACAGGCCUCUAUGGUGCUAGUACCAGAGACGGAAUGGCGUGUCAUCAGAGAAAUCUUGUACAUGUAUCAAAUAAACCAGUGGUGUGAAUGAAAUAGAUGAUGAAGCUGGAGACAGCAAUACCCCAUUUUUCCAUUUACUUUUUAAAUCUGUGGCUGAAUAAAAUUUCAUCAACUUUA